AUGAACUUCUUUACUACUGGAGGAGGAAAGGCACUUCCUAAACUAACCGAGUCUGAAUUACUUGAAUCAAAAAAGAAGAUUUUUACACAAAGCCAGUAUGAGGACGAAGAGUCAAAUAAAAACAUGGAAGAAGAGCCUUCUGUAAUUUACAAAGAAAAAGACCAAUCACUAACAAUGGAUAAUAUCUCAUCAACAAAACCAAUUGAAAGUCAGGCAACACAAUUAUCACAAGACACAAUAACUAUUAUUAUUAAAGAAAUGGAUGAAAAUGAAAAAAGAGAAAGUAAAAGUAUUUUAAAAGGAAGUAAGAGACAAUCAAUUUUACAUCAACAACCAAUUAAAUACCCAACCCCACUUAAAAGAAAAGCAAUUACUCCAUUAUUAGAAAGUAAAAGAAAGUCACUGGCACCAAAUAAAUCUAUUCUUAAAAUAAAUUCUAUAGAAGUAAAACCAGUUCCUCAAAGCUCUUUUGAUCAAGUCAGUUUUCUUUCAAAAUAUUUAGACACAUUUAAAGAAGAUAUUAAUGAAGAAGUUUCAUGUCCAAUACCUUCAUAUGAAAAUGCAUUACAAACACCAAUUAUUGAUGACCGUAAGAAAGAAAGAAAAAGGGUAGUGUUAAAUCUUGAACAAUGGAAAGGAAUAAUUCUAAAAUAUGAGAAUGAAAAAUGGUUAAAGAUACAUCUUCAACACGUUAUAUGGAAACAAAGUGGAUAUUAUUUUCAUAAUAGAAAUAUAGAAUUUGAAGUAACAGUAAAUGGAAUUAAAAAAGAAAUUGAACAACGAUGGGUAUUUGAAAGAAAACCAAAACGAUCAUUUUAUAGACAAAUUUAUAAUAAAGAUGAAAAUUGUGGGUAUUGUCAUAUUGGAGUAGUUGCAAAUAUUAAUUCAAAUGAACCAACAAGAGAAUAUCCACUACUUUUAAUGAGUGAUGGAUGGUAUACAAUUCAAAUACAAAUUGAUCGAGAAAUUAAUGAAUUAAUAAAACAAAAAAAAAUAUAUAUUGGACAAAAAUUAAGAAUUUGUUGUUUAGAAAAAACUGAAGAUUGGAAUGAACGAGAACCAUGGGAAGGAAAAGAAUUAAUAUUUAAAACAAACAUUAAUUGUAUUAGAAGAGGGGAAAGAAAUGAAAAACUUGGAAGAACAAAAUGUAAAUUUAUGUUAAUACAAAUUGAUAGUGUUAGAGAUGGAAUUAUUCCUUGUAUUCGAGGAUGUGUAGAACGAGUAUAUCCAAUAAAAUAUAAAUUUAAAAAUGAAAAGGGAAUUGUUGGAGAAAAAGAAUAUCUAAAUGAAAGAAAUAAAAGAAUGAAAGAGUUAGAAAAAGAAUUUGAAAGAAAAAAAAGAGAAGGAGCUAGUGAAGAAGAGUUAUAUCAAUUUAAAGAAGAAGGAAUGAAAACAUUAGAAUUUAAUUGUAUUAGAAGUAUUAAAAUACUUGAUGGAAUGAAAAAAGAAGGAAGAAGCAAAAGAAUUAUUGUAAACAUAUGGAAUGAUGGACAAGAAGACUAUACUAAAUUUGAAGAAAAGAAAUGGUACGAAUUUUUCUCAUUUAAAGGAAAAAGAAUUGGAGGGAAAAUAGGAAUAGAAAGUAAUUGGAAUUGUAACAUUAAAAAAAUGAGUGGAGAUAUUGAAUUACCAAAAGAAUUUGAAGAAAGAAAAUUGAUAGAGUUAUUGGAUAUAUGUGAAAUGAAAGAAGGAGAAGAGGUAGAUAUCAUUUGUUGCAUAUUAAAAAUUGAAGAAGAGUAUUUAUACGUUAGUGAUGGGUCAAUGAAAAUGGCAAUGAUUAAAAGAAAUAACAUAGAAAAAAAACAAUUUAAUGAAAUGGAUGUUAUUUGUAUCAGAAAUAUAGCUAUUGAAAGUGUUUAUAACAGAAAUAUUGUUCUUAAAGAAACAGGAUUUACAGAAAUUACUGGAGAAGGAAAGAGUGAAAAAGAAAAAAUGGAAAUAAAAAAGUUAAGAAAUAUUCUUGAAGACUUCUCUAAACAAUUCGAGGGAAUGAAAAAAGACAUUGUUAGAAUCAUUGAAGGAAAAGAUGAAAAUGAAGAUAUUAAAAAUAUUAUACUUGUAAAAGAACUUCAACAAAAAGAUGAAAAAAUCAAAGAACUUACUAAAGAAUUAGAGGAAUUAAAAAAGAAGUAUGAGUUAAAUACAUUUGAACAAAAAUAG